GUCUCGUGCAUGCAUGCACAUCGAGCCAUGCUUGGUGCACGCUCUACAGGAAGCACAGUUCUCCAAACAGGUUUGGCCGGCCGCUCGGGGAAUAAAUUCCAGACCUGUACUAGGAUCCAAGGAAUUGGUGCGCAACUGGGCAAUGGCGACAACGGCGGUGACAGGCUACAGGCCUCUCUCGAGGAUCGAGGGCACGCAGGAGGAAUAAUGGAUCCCGGCGCUAUGUAACUCGAUGGCACGGAUCUUGGUAUCUGAAAUGGUACAUGGUGUCAUUUAAUGUCUUGACGCUCGAGAGCUGUGCCUUCUCCCAUUCACAGUGAGUCAAUGACUCCGACCCAGAGUCUCAUGUAGCUGAAGAUUCGAUUAAUUCUCGAUGAUCGUGAGCUGAGAUGUUCCGAGUGAUGGAGUGAUGGAGGAGAGAGAGAUGGAGAAUGAUGAUGGCGACACUGC